AUGACAGACAAUAUCACCUGGUUUCAUGGGAUUCAGGUUAUGCCUGGAUCAUUUACUGUGGAGUCUUUGUCUUUUGCUCAGAAUUUUUUGGUGAAAGAUGAUGAUGUAUUCUUAGUGACCUAUCCCAGAUCAGGAACACACUGGAUGUGUGAGAUACUCAGUCUGAUUGUCUCCAAAGGGGACCCUACUUGGGUCCAAACUGUCAAUAUUCAUCAGAGGAUUCCAUGGGUGGAAUAUUCCAACUCUCAGAAAGUAUUGAUGGACCAGGACAGACCACAUCUCAUGGUUACACACCUUCCCAUACAACUCUUCCCCAAGUCUUACUUCACAUCCAAGGCUAAGAUUAUUUAUCUCAUCAGGAAUCCAAGAGAUGUCGUCGUCUCUAAUUAUUAUUUUAAAAAUCAUGUGCCGUUUUUGAAGAAUGAAAAGCCUUUUGAUGACUAUCUUCAUGGAUUUAUCCGUGGUGACAUGCAUUAUGGAUCUUGGUUUGAUCACACCCUUGGAUGGUUGACAAGAAGAAACACAGAGAACUUCCUACUAAUGUCCUAUGAGGAGCUACAGAGGGACCUCAGAGGCAACAUGGAAAAAGUGUGUCAAUUUUUGGGCAAACAUCUGAGUCCAGAACAACUUGAUUCUGCUGUCCAAUACUCGUCCUUUUCAGUCAUGAAGGAUAAUAGAAUGUCCAACAGUGCAAAGAUAAAGAAUUCUGAAGAUAAGACUGACUCCAGUAUACCAUUGCUGAGAAAGGGCAUUAGUGGGGACUGGAAGAAUCACUUCACUGUGGCUCAAAGCGAAGUCUUUGUCAAAAUCUAUCGGGAGAAGAUGUCAAGCUUGGAUCCUGGUCUCUUCCCCUGGUCAAAAGACUGUUGA